GAGAGGAAGGACACAAAGUGAAGGUGAGAAGAAAAAUUACAACAUUGCAGUGAUGCUGUGGUUUGUGCUCCUUGUUUUGGGUCAGUGUUUGUCGGUCACGUGUCAGCUGUAUCACUACUACUUUAUUAACCAGGAGAAGACCUGGGAAGAUGCUCAGAACCACUGCAGAGAGAAACACACUGACCUGGCAACAGUGAUGAGUAUGGAAGAUGUGACAAGCCUCCUCAAUGCUGCAUCAGAAAAUACAGGCAACACACGUGAAGCUUGGAUUGGACUAAAGAAUGACGGCAACUUCACAUGGCGCUGGUCUCUGCCAGGGGUGGACGGCAAAGAGACGAACUGGGAUGUAAAUCAACCUGAUAACCCCAGGAAGGAGAAUUGUGGGACCAUGUGGAAAAGUGGCAAAUGGAACAAUCUGGUUUGUAGCGAAAUGAGAAACUUUAUCUGCUACGAUGAGACAAAUAAAAAAUUCCAUCUGAUUAAAGAAGAAAAGAACUGGUUUGAAGCUCAGCAUUACUGCAGAGAAAAACACACAGACCUGGUCAGUGGAAUGAAUCAGUUAAAUCAGGAAGAAUUAAAAAAAGAGGCAAACCCCAACAACGUCGGUUCCCAAGAAAUCUUCAUCGGUCUGUUCAGCGACACCUGGAAGUGGUCAGAUGGGAGGAACAUGUCUUUCAGACACUGGCAUCCAGACUUUUUUACAGAUCAGCUAAAUGUCACACGAUGUGCGACGACCUCAUUCAAUCAAACUGCAAGAAACAGCAAAUGGGGUUACAAUGAAUGUAACCAAACAAAAACGUUCUUCUGCUACAAUGUUGAGCUGGUCCUAAUCAAAGCCAAUAAGACCUGGACUGAUGCCUUGGAUUACUGCAGAAAGCACCACAAAGGUCUGGUCUCCAUCACAACCCCUGGAGAUCAGAUGUUGGUCCAAGACAUGUUGCAAGAAGCCACCACAGAGUACGUUUGGCUGGGACUGCACUACUCCUGUGUUGUGGAUUUGUGGUUGUGGGUCACUGAUGAGCCGUUCUGCGACGACAGCUGGGAGCGGUACCAACUACGCAGGAAUGAAUGUGGCGUUUCUGCAGCGAUGAGCACACAAAGCCCAUACAACUGGACCACCAAAUGUGAUCAAACACCCUUUAAUUUCAUCUGUGUUAAAUAGAACGUCUGAUUACAAUAGUCAACGGCCAAGCUUUGGCACUGUGUGCAGGUGCCAAGUCCUGUUGGAAAAUGAAAUCUAUUCAGGAACGUCUGAGUGUCUCUUCGUCGUUGUUGGAUCCAGGAGACGACAACAAGCUG